AUCUCAUCUCAUUCUCAUCUGCCCCCUCUCUCUUCUAUAAAUACAACAACAUUUUUCACAAUACAAAUUUCGUAUUUUCUAGAUUACUUUUUUUCGUUAUACACACACAUUUUCCAACCUUUUUCAAAACCCCCAAAUUCUCCCUCUCUCUCAUCCCCUGAUUCACCGUCGAUCACCUAAUUUCUCCUCAAUUCAACGAUUUCAAUUCAAUUUUCUUCCUUAAACCCUCGAAACCCUUAAUUGUUUUCCCCCCUUUCCCCCAAUUUCGUAUGCUAGGGUUUGAUCAAAGGGUUUUACCAUCGAAACCCUAGAAUUUCCAUGAAAUUAUGGUUAAUUUUGAUGCCGGCGAAGUUACUACUCCUCCUACAGACCUCAAACGAACGGAAAGCUCCGAUCUCUCUUCCUCUAAGUCGGUAAUUGAAACCGUUAAUGGUUCCCAUCGUUUCGAAAUCAAGGGGUAUUCUCUUGCCAAAGGCAUGGGUGCUGGAAAAUACGUUUCGAGCGACAUUUUUACGGUUGGUGGGUAUGAUUGGGCGAUUUAUUUCUAUCCAGAUGGGAAAAACCCAGAAGAUAGCUCAACCUAUGUUUCGGUUUUUAUAGCGUUAGCGAGUGAAGGGACGGAUGUUAGGGCGUUGUUUGAAUUGACAUUGCAGGAUCAAAGUGGGAAUAAGAAACACAAGGUUCAUAGUCAUUUUCAUCGUGCUCUCGAAGGCGGGCCGUAUACCUUGAAGUAUAAAGGGAGUAUGUGGGGGUACAAGCGUUUUUUCAGGAGAGCUGCCUUAGAGCAGUCUGAGUUUUUGCUGGAAGAUUGCCUGAUAUUGGAGUGCACUGUUGGAGUUGUUAGAAGCCGGAUGGAGAGACCCAAACAGUAUAGCAUAAACAUGCCCCCAUCUGAUAUGGGUAGUUCUUUUAAGGAUUUACUCGAUAAUGAAAUUGGGUGUGACAUUGUUUUCGAAGUUGGGGAUGAGAAAUUCAAUGCCCAUAAAUUGGUGCUUGCUGCUCGUUCUCCUGUGUUUAGAGCUCAGUUUUUUGGACUUGUUGGGAACCCAAAGAUGGAUACAGUGGAGGUGGAAGAUGUUGAGCCUUCUAUAUUUAAGGCCAUGCUUAUGUACUUAUACUCUGACUGCCUUCCUGAUGUUUUUGAUAUAAUGGGCUCAAAUUCAUCUUGCUCGUUUGCCAUCAUGGUGCAACAUUUGUUGGCUGCUGCUGAUCGUUUUGGUCUAGACAGAUUGAAAAUGUUAUGUGAACACAAAUUAUCUGAUGAAAUUACUGUUGAAACAGUGACUACAACUCUAUCGCUGGCGGAGCAGCACAGAUGUGUGCAGCUGAAGAGAGCCUGUUUAAAAUUUGCUGCAGCAAAUUUGAAUGCGGUGAUGCAUUCAGAAGGGUUCAGGUACCUGGAGGAGAGCUGUCCUUCACUGCUUUCAGAACUGUUGCAGACCGUCGCCUACGUGGAUGAUGCUGGUUUGCCCUUGAGCAAGAAAAGGAGCAUCAGCAGCGUGUUCGCGCUAGAUCUAGCUGCUGCAGAUAGAGGAAUUCCUGCAGAAUCAGUGAAUGGCAGACGUUUCAGGAGACGCCUGUAGUACAAACCCUGUCGUAAUAGGGCACAUAUUUUAGUAACUUUUAGUGCUUUCCUUACCAUCUAUAGCAAUGAAAAUUAAGGUGGUGUUAAUAGCAGGUUAACUUGGAUGAUGUCAUGUUAAUGCAUGGGGUCACUAAUUUACCCAGUGCCCUGGUUUCAGUAUAGAAGUUUCUUCUUUUUUAUUUUAUUUUGUUGCAUUUUUUUUUUUUUUUUUUUUUUUUUUUUUUUUUUUUUUUUUGUUCCUUGGGUAAAAGUAGGAUAAUGUUUUAUAUUUUUGUUGUAGAUAGCAAAGAUGACGGUUUCUGACUGUUGACUUGAUGAAGCAUAGAUGAGAAAAUAUUGCUCGCAGCUUCUCUGUUUACCAUAUAUGAAUACUUUUGGUUGUCUGUCAAAUAUUUUUACUAUUGUCAUCUCCUCUUUUUGUUGUUCUUACUAAUGUUAUCAAUGGAACAUAUCAACGAUGACUCGACUAACCCUUUUUUGCCAGUGACUUGAUGAAUGUAAAUGUUCAAGUACUUGUAGCAAUGGCAACAUGUUAAUUGAAAAGAACCAGCAUUGGCAAGGAAGUUGAACCAUUACCUAUUAUAUUCUGCCAUGUUUAUAUAAGUAAAUACAGAUGACCAAAAAAAAAAAAA